AUGGCUCUCGGAUUUGUGCCCAUCGCUCACAUUGUGGCUGCCGUCUUUUCUAUUAUCGAGCUCGGUCUCAGCGCCUAUGUUGCCAGCAGUUACUGGUGGCGCUCGCCCGACAUUGUCAACUUCAUCAUCUUCAACUCGGUGUGGUCCCUGCUGGUCCUCGCCUAUGUCGGCCUCACACCCCUGUACAUGACCCGCCUCUUCCACAAGCUUGUCUCUCUCGGCCUUCUCGUCAUCACCACCAUCUUCUGGUUCGCCGGUGCCAUCGCGUUCGCCGUCUUCGUAGGCCACCCUAGGUGCGGUGCCAACACCUACUGCGGCUCUGCUCAGGCUGGAGUUGCGUUCGCCUUCUUCAUCUGGGCUAUCUUCAUGUUCCUCACCGUUCUCGACACCCUCGAGGCGAUGCGCUCGCGCGGCCACAACACCAGCGUCAAGGCCAACCACGCCUACCCUGGUGCUUAG